GGAAAUUUGAGUUCACAGAAUUUUGAAUUUUUGAUCAGAAAACUACGGAAUCUUGUCUAGUGACUAAAGACAAAUGGUCUUAUCUUGCUCAUUUCGUGCUAAAGUUCCCGGGAUAAAUGUCACUUUGUGGAAAUGACACUACAAUUAUUUGGCAUCGCUUUUAGCUUGGUCUCUGCAAUGUUUUGGAAAAUUGGAAAAACAACGGUGCUAAGUUUAACAAAAUUUCAAUACUUAUAAAGGGAAACUGGGUAUUAGCAGUUUCAGAAAUCGGAUUGUAAAAUUGUUACUCUAAAUUUAUAAUUUUUCACGCGGACUCUUCUAGAAACUAUAUUAUGGAAAUAAGACUAGAUCUCUAUAGAAGAAUUAGACAUUUUAAAGAAAUUAAAUAUAUAUAUAUAUACUUUGGUAAUCCGGUUUUUCGUCUCGCCUCUCCUUACUCUGACAAUUAUAGCUCACGAGGUUGGAUUGGACGUGGGGUGGUGAAUGGCCUGAUAUAGAACCAACUUGUUUACAUCCUCUGGCCACACAAAACUGUGCUGCAUUCAUGUCUUGUCUGCUCGUGUGAAUAUAUAUGCACAAAACGAUGUCGUAGUCGUGGUGCGGUGGUAGAAGUAAUAUUUGCAAAGAAAAAGAUCCUCAAUUUUAUCGCUUGCGAGCAGUUUCUAUCAUUGUAAAAUCUAUUCUCAAACGGAUUGCGGACUCAAAAGCAGAUGACAACUGUUACGAGCCGAGUCGAUUCUAUAAACAUCAACAAUUAAGAAGCAAACAGUUGUUCUCGAAAUGCACAUGCACAUGUCCUUCUGGUGGGGUACCGACGUUGGAGACGUCCUCUUUAAGGGUUUAACAAUCAACACCAAUGGAGGCUUGAUAACGCUAUGUUUAAUUUUAACGGGUCUUUCAAUCGUAUAUGAAGGACUAAAGGUACACGGAGCAAAAAUGCGAGCACGAGCUGCACGUGAGCGUUCUCGUCCUGGAUCUUAUCCACCAAGUGAAAGUGCAACACUGUUAUCACUCGAACCCACUCCAGGCCUACUAAGAUCAGUGACCCAACGUGGCUGUGCCAUUUUAACAGAAGUCACAAUGUUUCUGUUCCACAACAUGCUAGGUUAUGCUAUCAUGCUCAUGGUUAUGAUUUACAACGGGUAUCUAUUCGUGGCAGUAGUAAGUGGAAUGGCUCUCGGUUACUUCCUCUUCGGACACAUGUCCAUGAAGGUCAACAUGGAAAACAUCCAAGCCAAACAGACGAAUGCUAUCUGUUCAGCACGUUGUCUUCAGACAGCCGAAUCCUGUGCAAUGACUCAUUCUGUUCCCUGUUCCUCUUCUCUAUCUCAUCCCAACCGUAGCAAUUAUCAAACUCUGGGUUCCUAAACGAAAACCAUUAUCACCCACUGAUAUAUCCACCAUUUCACAUGAUUUCCUGAUAUUUUGGUACCUUUUGUUGAUUAAUUUCACGUUUCCGUUAGUGUUUAAGUUUAUGACUUUCGUUUUAUCGAUAUCCCCUAUCAAUAUGUGCCAGCGAACCGCUUAUAAUCUUUCAGAAUCAUCGAGACCACCAUCAACCACACCUAGUUUUAUGGAAGAUAAUCACGACCGUAUCCAACACCAACUACCAUACAAUCGAAACAGCUCGGCACCUUCAACGUCCACCGCCACGAUAGUAGAAUGCCAUUGAGAACCCAUUUGCUGUUUAUACACGAAUUUUUUUUUAUGUAAUGCUAUUAUAAGGAAAUCGAACCAAAUUAUAUAUAUAUAUAUAUAAUAGGCUUACAGCAAAUUAUUGAUCAACACAAUAUGAUAAGGGUCUUUGGAAACCAGCCUAGCAUCCAAGAUAUUACGUAAUCUCAUUAAUGUACGAUCGAUGAUUGUUUCAUUGCAAGAUGCAAGAUACACUAAAAACACCAGAUUAGGUAGAUUUUCACUACUAUCUGUUCACAAAUUCAAACUGAAAUCAAAUUGUAAUAGUGGAACAAAACAGUCUUUAGAAAUUAUUUCUAAAUAGGAUCGGUGCUGGUAUUCUCUCAGAGUGCUAAUCUAGUAAGUAGUUAUUUUCAUUUUACUUUUGAGAAGCGCUUCCGCCGCAUAUUGGACAGUCAUUCAGAAUAAUAUUAACUGGUGCUUUCUGUGAUAAUUUGAAAUUUCAUCAUACCAAUUUAAAUUUUAGCUGUAUUACUGGAUACGUUUAUAAGAAAUAUUUAGAUAAUAAUAAAAUGUUAAAGCUCAAUAAACAUGUUGUAAAUCACAAUUGAACUAGUUUCAUGUCACUCAGAAACGUUAUUCUACGAAAUAAUAAAAUCACAGGUAAACAGACAUGAUGAGCAAAUUUAUCUAAAAAUAAAUUUCCGUGGGGCACUAGCUCCACCUAUAUUGAA